GUAUCUGCUACACGAUAUUUGACCUGGGCUUCCGUUUCGAUGUGGCCUGGUUCUUAACGGAAACCUCCCCCUUCAUGUGGUCCAACCUGGGCAUCGGCCUGGCCAUCUCACUGUCCGUGGUGGGCGCAGCCUGGGGGAUCUACAUCACUGGCUCCAGCAUCAUCGGCGGGGGAGUGAAGGCCCCCAGGAUUAAAACAAAGAACCUGGUCAGCAUCAUCUUCUGUGAGGCCGUGGCCAUCUACGGGAUCAUCAUGGCGAUCGUCAUCAGCAAUAUGGCUGAGCCUUUCAGCGGCACCACCCCAGAGACCAUCGGCGCCAAGAACUACCACGCAGGUUUCUCCAUGUUUGGGGCUGGUCUGACCGUGGGCCUCUCCAACCUGUUCUGCGGGGUGUGCGUGGGCAUUGUGGGCAGCGGGGCUGCACUGGCCGACGCCCAGAACGCCAGCCUCUUCGUCAAGAUCCUGAUCGUGGAGAUCUUCGGCAGCGCCAUCGGGCUCUUCGGGGUCAUAGUCGCCAUCCUGCAGACAUCUAAAGUAAAAAUGGGGGACUGAGCCCCUGCCCGUUCCGGCCUGGCCCCCUGCGGGCGCGACUGUACAUAUUUAUUUAAUGUUUCUAUUUCCUGAUCGGGGGCGUCGCUUCGCCGCGUCGGGAGCGGGAGCCCAGGUGUAUAGAACCGUCCCUGCUGAUCCGCCGCCCGCUGGCCCCAUGGAAGAAAUAAUCAUCUGUGUGUGAAUUCGGCUCCCUCCUGUCGGCCCAGCCAGCCGGGGGGGGGGGCGGGGGCAGGGUUACUGCCUGAGUGUUCCCGGUGUGUGUACAAAUCAAUUGACCAGUGUAAGUCAGUGUCACGUGAAAUAAACAUGGUUCCUGUCCCUGC